AUGGAUCAAACUAUAACAAGCAUUAAUAGUUUUACAACAACUGAUAGAGAAUUAGAAAACAAUUUGAAAGAUUUACUUGAAAGAAUCUUAAUAUAAGUAGAAAAACAUAUAGAAACAAAAGAAGAGUUAAAUUAAAUUGAAUCAGAAUUGAAAGAUUAUGAAAGUUUAUCACAUUUAGUUGGAAUAAUUAAAGUGAUAUUUACAAAAUUGAUGUUGAAAAUUGAGAAGAAGAUUUUGUAAGUAAAAUAUAUUCAUACUAUUGAUAGAAAAUUAGAAAAAUUAAAUGAUCCUACAUAAUUAAGAUUUUAAAAAGAUGAUGAUGAAUAUGAAAAAUUAGAAUAGACUUUGAUCAAGUAUGAAUAAGAAAUUAGAAAACAUAUAAGUGUAUUUUAUUAAUUGAUGACUAGAUUGAAUAAUAAUUAAAACUAUAUGCUGAAUCAAUAUAAAGUAAAUUAGAUGAAAGUGAAGAAAUACGUUAAGAAUUAUUAGAAACAACUAAAAAUAAUAUUAGUGUAUAUAUUAAAUAAUAAAUAAAUAGAAAUUAAAGAGAGAAAAUUAAGAAUUACAUGAAAAAGAGCAAUCUUUAAAAUAAGAACUUAUUUAAUUAAAAUAAACUAUUUGUUAACUUGAAAAAGAAAGUAAAAGAAAAUCAAUUGAAGUUAAUUAAAGAGAAUACCUUUAAAAUUUAAUUUAUAAAUAAGCUAAUCAAUCUUCCUGUAAAUUUGGACAUUAGAAAUUAUUUCAAGAACAAAGAUAAAUUAAUUCACAUUCAUAACAUAAAUAAAGUGUAAAUCAUAUUAUGAAAGAAUAAUUAGAAAUGAGUGAUUUAGUAUUACCUACAUAAUAAUCAUAAAAAAAUAAUUAGUAUAGUAUUUUAGACAAUGCCAACAAAUAAAAAAAGUCAGACAUGAUCAAAUCACUUUAAUAAAGAGAUUUUAAUAAAAUCUAUGGAUAAAUUAUGAAAAGCAAACAUAAUUCAUUAUCAUCAAUCAAUGAUAUCAUGUUAAGUAUCUCUCAGUAAGAAAGAAAAAGAAUAGAUAAAGUUUAUUCUUUUUCAAAAAAUAGUUCAUAAAAUAGUAGUGUCAUAUAAAGACCUAAAGGUAAUUAAAUAAAAUAUAUUUUAUAUAGAUUAUAAUGAAUAUCAGUAGAGAAGCAAAAGUUCAAAAAAAGCUGAAGAUACAAUAAAGUACAAAACCUUAGAUUCUUUAAUCAAGUUGAAGUGA